AUGAGUAUUAGUAUUGUAUUGGGAUUUUUGCUCUUGCUUUCCAUAGCUACAAAUGUGAGUAGUAAUAGACCCCAAUGCAUACCCAAAGAGAGAGAGGCUCUCCUAAAGUUUAAGACCACUUUAACUAGUCCUAAAGGUUAUCUCUCCUCUUGGUCUAAUAGUAGCACCACUCAAAAUUGUUGCAAAUGGUUGUUCAUCACUUGUGAUGACCAAACCAACCAUGUUGUUUCCAUUGUUAUUGGUGAAAUUGUCACUACACUCGAUGGCGACAUUGAUUCUUCGUUGGCCGAAUUGCAUCAUUUGAAGGAAUUGUACCUGAUCAACAUGAACAUUAGUCAUAUUCCAAUUUUUAUCGGCUCUUUCAAGGAGCUUACAGAUCUUUAUAUUUGUGGGAAUCCCAUCAUUGGAAUCAUUCCUCCACAGCUUGGAAAUCUCACCAAAUUGGAAAAUCUUUUUCUUCAAAGCACUUCUCAAAUGAUUAUUGACAACCCUAGAUGGCUCUCUCAACUCACUUCUCUCAAGGAACUCCUCUUAAGUAAUUGCCAACUUCUCAAGGUACCUAAUCAUAUUUCAUCAUCAUCUCUUUCCCAUUCAAACUAUUCAUUCACUUCUCUUCAAAAAAUUGACAUUGAUGACAGUUUUAUACAUCCUACAACAAUUACUUGGUUACUAAAUUCUAGUGCUAAACUAUAUCAUUUGGAUUUAUCUUAUAACAACCUUAGUGGAACAUUACAUGAUCUUCUUGGAAAUAUAUCAAGUUCCACCAAGAAUUCCUUAGAGAAUUUAUACUUGAGUUCUAAUCAACUUGGUGGAUUGAUUCUUGAUGACUUUAAAAACACCUUUCCGUCUUUGACUAAUCUUCGUCUUGAUAAUAAUCAGUUGGAAGGUCAUUUUCCUAACCGUUUGAAAAGAUUUCCCAAUCUUAAAAGUCUAGAUAUAAGUCAUAACCAAUUGGUUGGAUUGUUACCUGACCUUUCAUCAUUGCCAAAUUUGGAAAGUUUCGAAGCAUCCAACAAUAAGUUUAGUGGUGCUUCAAGAGAGAGUAUUGGAAAGCUUGAUUCUUUAUAUUUGUUAGAUGUCUCUUCAAAUUCUCUCACUGGGUGUAUGUCUCGUGUGCUUAAUCUGCAAUGUUCGAGCUUAAAGUACUUAAAUUUUUCCUUUAACUCAGACAUAUCAUUGAAAUUCGAUUCCAAAUAUUAUAUCCCCUCAUUUCAAUUGGAAACCAUAAGUUUGGCUUCUUGCAAGUUAGGUCCUAAAUUUCCUAAUUGGCUCCAAACCCAAACAUAUCUCAUACAGCUAGACAUUUCUAAUGCAAGUAUUUCUGGUCCUGUUCCUAAUUGGUUUCCAAAUAUAACUUCCAACUUGAAUUAUUUAAAUAUGUCUCACAACCUUCUUAACAACACCUUGGCCAACUUUCCACUUUCACAAGAAGUUAAUGUAAUAGUUGACUUAAGUUCCAACCAAUUUCAAGGUUCUAUCCCACCUUCUCUUCUUGUUAAUGCAACCUACUUGUAUCUCUCCAAUAACAAGUUCAACGAAUUCAGUUCUUCCCUAUGUGAAGCAAAAGAGCGAGACAGGUCAACACAAUUACUUGACAUCUCGAAUAACAAUUUAUUUGAAAACAUUCCUGAUUGUUGGGAGAAUUUCACACAAUUAGUUGUACUUAAUUUAGGAUACAAUAAGUUGUUUGGAAAUAUCCCUAACUCUAUUAAUAUGAAAAGUAUUAAAACUUUACAAUUAAGGCACAAUAACUUCUCAGGAAAUUUUCCUUCCUCCUUGAAAUAUUGCACUUCACUUCUAGUUCUAGAUUUGGGGAACAAUAGAUUGGAAGGUCCAAUACCAUCAUGGAUUGGAGAAAAAUUAAGCAACUUAGUUUUUCUUAGUUUGAAGUCAAAUAAAUUUGAUGGAAUUAUACCAUUGGGUCUUUGUCAGCUUACUCAAAUACAAAUAUUAGAUUUAUCUUCUAAUGAUUUGUCAGGAGCCAUUCCUUCUUGCAUUAAAAAUUUUACUUCAAUGAUUCGAGUAAAUAAUUCAAGGAUGACCAUUCCGUCAGAUGUGAGAUCUUCUGAUGGUCCAAUGCCAGACAUGAGCAUUUGUAGUCAUUGCAGUUACAAUGAGUAUACAUUUUCUUAUGAGAAUAAUGCAUCAAUCACAUGGAAAGGGGCAGAACAUGAAUAUGUGAGCAUUUUGGGAUUACUAAGAGUUAUUGACUUAUCAAGUAACAAAUUGACUGGAGAAAUUCCUAGUGAAGUUACUCAACUCUCUCAGUUGGGUGCACUAAAUCUAUCAAGGAAUAAUUUGUUUGGAAAAAUUCCUAGAAAGAUUGGGAAACUAACCAACCUACAAGUGCUUGAUUUUUCCUACAAUAAAAUAAAUGGUGAAAUUCCCACAAGCUUAGCUGAAGUAUCUUCUUUAAGUUACUUGGAUCUAUCAAAUAAUCGAUUGACAGGAAGAAUUCCUACUGGUACUCAAUUACAAAGCUUCAAUGCUUCCGCAUAUUCCAUGAACCACGGUCUUUGUGGAAAUCCUCUACCAAGUUCAUGCCCCGGAGAUGAUGAUAAUGAGUCUUUGUAUGUUCUCACUUCCAAUUCAGCUCACGGUGACGAUGGUGGAGAAUGGUUUGACUUGUCGUGGUUUUACAAGGGAAUCGGAGGUGGAUUCAUCAUUGGAUUUUGUGGUGUUUGUGGAAACUUGUUAAUCAAUAAGUCUUGGAGAGCUUCCUAUUUUCGAUUGAUGCAAAAUAUAGGUGACUGGCUUUAUGUGGUGAUCAUCAUUAAAUGGAAUUUCUUGAGGAGAAAGCUUGUUGGGCACUAA